UUCGCCGUGUGUUCCUAUAGCGCUUAAUUCCCGCGAAUUCAACAAACUCAUAUCCUUUGUAAUUUUAUAAUAAAAAUUCAUUAGCAUGGAACGAUGGGUUGGUAAGGUUGCUGUGGUAACUGGCGCUACUGGUGGUGUCGGUUCAGCGAUAGUAAUAGAGCUCGUUAAAGCUGGAAUGAUCGUUUGUGGUCUAGCUAGGCGAAAGGAUAAAGUAGAGGCUCUUCGCGUAAGUGUUGUUGGUGCAAAGGGUCAACUUAAUGCCGUCGAAUGUGACAUAACCUCCGAGGCAUCGGUAAGUACUGCAUUUACUUGGAUUGAGAAGACAUUUGGUGGCAUUGAUGUCUUGGUAAACAACGCGGCAACAACAAGUAAAUUUUUGUUACUGGAUAACAAUAAUAUCAAGGAUUUUCGCACAAUGCUGGAUACCAACAUUAUAGGACUUAUAAUCUGCACAAAGCAAGCCCUCAAAAUGAUGAAAGCUCGCGAUGUGUCCGGCGUUGUAGUUAACAUCAAUAGUAUUCUGGGGCACAAGUUGAAUACUUGUGUGCCGGGAACGAAGCCCGUCAACGGAAUGUAUCCGGCAUGUAAAUUCGCCAUGACUGCUAUUACCGAAUGCCUCAGGCAGGAGGUGAUGUUUUUUGAAAUCGCAGCUAAAAUAAUGAAUAUUAGCCCAGGGCUUGUAGAGAAUGACAUAGUUACAGCUAAUUCGGAUAAUGAUUUGGUAACGUUGAUGCCACGACUGGCCCCAGCUGAAGUUGCAAAAGCUGUGAUUUUUGCUAUUUGUACUCCGGAUAAUGUAUUGAUUCAGGACAUUAUAAUAAAGCCUGGAGGGGAAUUUUUGUGAACCACAAAAUAGUUUUAUACAACAAAAGAAGAACAACAAAAACCAUAAUAAGAUGAAAAUAAAUCCUUAAAUUAUACUGUUAACUGUUAUUGAAACUAUUUGGUGAAUUAAAGUAACGAGAUAUUCUGUUAAAAAUGCAUUUUAAAUGUAAUAGCAGGAUAAAUUAUAAGAAAAAAUAAAAAUAAAAUUUGUAACAA